AUGCACGCGCUUGGACCCGGAGCCUCUCAUUUCUCCCCAGAGCCGGGAGUCAGAAGAGUACUGGAGCGUCUUCUGUCACGCGGACAGUCUUCCAGGUUAGUCAAGUGUGGCUCUCGUGGCAUGACUACUACAAGUAAGGGAAACAAAGCCCUGAAGGUGAAGCGGGAGCCAGGCGAGAAUGGCACGAGCCUUACGGACGAUGAGCUAGUGUCGAUGUCGGUGCGAGAGCUGAACCAACACCUGCGCGGCCUGACCAAGGAGGAGAUUGCACAACUCAAGCAGCGGCGGCGCACGCUGAAAAACCGCGGCUAUGCCGCCAGCUGUCGCGUCAAGCGCGUCACACAGAAGGAAGAACUGGAGAAGCAAAAAGCUGAGCUACAGCAAGAGGUCGAGAAACUCGCAUCUGAGAACGCCAGCAUGAAGGUGGAGCUUGACGUGCUGCGCUCCAAGUAUGAGGCGUUGCAAAGCUUCGCCAGGACUGUGGCACGCAGCCCUGUACCAGCUGCCAGGGGCGCAAUCACGCCAAUCAUCGUACCAGGCAAGGUGGCAGCCACGAGCGUCAUCACCAUCGUCAAGUCCAAAACAGAGGCACGCUCGUAAUGCACAAUGCCUUUGGUCAGUGAAUCAUUAUCAAGCACAGAUCUGCGAUGCCUACUUUAAACAAUACAGCGGUUAAAUAUGCUCUGCCUAGCGGUGGGGUGUAUGGUGAGUUUUGGUUGUAAACCUCCAUUAAGGCCUUCCUGGUUUCGCUUAACUGUGUUUUUUUUUU